AUGAGUGAUGUCGAGGCUGUCUCAUUGCCUGCUGCCCUGGAUGUCGGUACCAAACCUCUUGCGCCCGUGAAGUCGGACGUUUCGGCUCCCCCUGCGAAGUCUGCUUCACCUUCACGACGCGAGAGUCAGGCAUCGAAUCCGGGGGCGUCGGAUAACGAUGAACAAGGCCCCCCAAGUCCCAAGGCGGAUUCAGAAGCGGAAACAAUUAUUCAAUCUGGUCGAGAGUCGCUGUCCCCCGAAAAGAAACGAAAACAUAUUCGUCAUGAUCCCCUGCGUCAAGGAAUCGACGGUCUCGAUGGUCUGCAACGGAAGCGACCACGUUUGGUGGAUGGUGAGCGGAGGCAUUCGGGUUCUCGGUCGCCCAGUCCCUCGGAGCGAGCGGGAUCACCACCAUCCGUCGUAAAAAUUGAAAAACCCGAGGAUUCGCUGUCGGUUCCACGAAAUGUGUUGGAUGAAACUAGUGUGAACCAAGCCGAGAAGCCGCGAAUUUACAGGAAGAGAAGCUUCAGCGACAGCUUGGACGAGAAAGGCGAGCGCCGUGGUUCACAUUCACACGCAAAUACCAAACAUUCUCAUCACCUUGACCUCCCCCGACCUACCAAUAAUACCCGAUCUCUCUCUCCUAGCCGUCAGUCACAUCAGCGAUCUGCGUCUGGAUCUCAAAUUCCCUCCAAGAAGAAAGCACCCACUCCUGUGCUAACUGCCUUCCCCCGACAAACAUCCGAAGACAGGCAGUCGACAUCAUCGUCUGCGAGUGGUUCUCCGUUACCAAGUGCUCAUUUGCGCCGGCUGGGUUCCGGGGUGGGCGCUUCGGCGUCACCCGCGAAGCAGAUGGGACCAAAGAAGCUGCGCGAUAAAAGUGGUCGAACUCCUCUUGCAAGAGCUUGUGCGGAUCGAAAGCAUGACCAGGUGGUCAUGCGCUUUGGUGAACGACCCGAUGAUUUGAAUAUUCCUGACAAUGCUGGAAAUACUCCUUUGCAAAUUGCGUCUUUGAACGGAGAGGCCUCGAUUGUCAAGUUCUUGCUGGCUUCAGGAUGUGAAAUUAAUACGAAGAAUAUCGAUAAAGAUACUCCAUUGAUUGACGCAGUGGAAAAUGGUCAUGUCGACGUUGUUAAACUAUUGCUUGGAGCAGGCGCAAACCCUCGAACUGUCAACGCUUCCGGAGAUGAGCCAUACGAGUUGGUAUCAACCGAUUUGAACGACGAUGAGUUCGAAGAGAUAAGGAAACUUCUUGCGGAUGCCAAGGCCAAUGCGCGACCUGGUCGACGAUCAGAAGAGCGAGUCGGAUCAGAGAGCAAGCCACCAUCCUCUCGACGAGCAUCUGCCGCCAGUCAAUCUCGAAGUCCUCCACCGACUGCAGGUCCUAAUGGGCGCCGCAAGACGGGCCGAAGCGAGGCGACAAGAAAUGACCUGCUGUGGACACAACCAACACCGGAGAAUCUUAUGAAUUUUGCUGCUAAAGGCGACGAAAUGGGGGUAGUAAGCAUCUUAAAUGUGCUACAAAAGGCUGACAAUGCAUCCUUAAUUGCGGCUGCGAAGGGCGGCCAUCACGAUGUGCUAUCAUUAAUGUACGCCAUGGGAAAUGCGGAUGCCGACCCGAACCCACUGCGUGGCGCUGGCCUGAAAGCCGGUUAUAACACUCCAAUGCUUGCUGCUAUAGGCAGAGGCAAUUCCUCAGUGAUCAACCUCAUUCUCAGCCAACCCAGCUUCAACCCUACACGUCGGCUCUUUGAAGAUCGAACAUACUUUGAACUUUCUCGAUCUCGCCAAGGAGAAAAUUGGGAGGAGGAAUACAAUAUCCUUAAAUCCGCAUUUGAGAGGUAUCCAGGCGGCGGCGGCAAAGGCCGCAAGAACGUCCCAUCACCGCGACUAUCACGCAAAGACAAGGGGGAAGAUAAACAACCAAUUCGAAGAGAAUCAUCAUCUCCUGUUGCCCGCCCGAGGAAACCAAAUGAGAGUCCUCCUGGCAAAAUAAAUCGACCUCCCAAAGAUGUUGACUCUAUUAAGGAGAUGAAGGAGAUGAAAGAGAAGCGACGCGAGAAGGAACGUGCGGGGUUAAUUAGCGCUCGCGCCAAGUUAAAUCGUGAUGCCCAGGAGAAAGCCCAGGAGAAGGAGAAAGCUCUAUCUAAAUCUGCCGAUCAAGAUUCCGUUCACCCUGACCACGCGAAGCCGAAGCCAACAGCCUCUGCGCGCAGAGAUAGCGAGUCCAGUGGUGUCAGUCGCCCCGAUGAGAUUCGCAAACGUCGAUUAAUACCCGGGAGGCGCCCCCAAGAACCUGACCGACGCGCAAGCCUCUUUUCGUCCGAUUCUCUUUCAGGUCGAGAGGAAGCCCCCAAGUCACGCAAUGAUGCUGCUCCCGAAUCCAAUAUCUCCCUCAAACGAUUCCGUCCCGAUACAUCACCUGAAAGGUCACGUUCGCGAGGCGCAGACAGUGAUCGACUCUCCCCAGAAUCCCGGAAGAAACGACGAGUUCUAGCAGAGGACAAAAUAUCGAACGUUCCAAAUGGCCAUCCCCGAAAAGGCGAAGAUCCAGCUGAGGGUGACAAAUCGAAACCCCGACGACCCCGCGAAGACAUUGCAAGCAUUGCAAACGAAGUUCCGCCGCGCAAAUCCGGAGAUAUGAAGUCGCAUUCAGCAGCUCGACCCCACGUGAGCGCUGAGCCCCCCAAGAAAAAUGGCGAUGUCAAAGAGGAGCCCGCUGAAUCAAUUGAAACUCCUGUGGCCGAUAUCCCCCAGGAUGAGAACCGUGCUGAAGUCGAGGCUGAGAAACGGCGACGAGCUGAGGCGAAGAAGGCUGAGCAGGAGCGCAUUGUCGAGGAGAAGCGUAUCACCGAAGAAAAACGGAUUGCUGAAGAAAAACGUGUCGCCGAAGAAAAGCGCAUCGCUGAGGAGAAGCGUCUCGCAGAGGAAAAACGCCUGGCAGAGGAGAAGCGCCUUGAAGAACAGCAGCGCUUAGCUGAAGAAAAGCGACUCGCUGAAGAGAAGCGUGUUGCAGAGGAAGCUGAGCGUGAACGUCUCGCCAAGGAAGAAGCAGAGCAAGCUGCCAAGGCUGCUCGUGAGAAGGCCGAGGAGGAUGAACGCAAACGCAAGGAAGCCGAACAACGCCGAGCCAAGCAAGCCGAGGAUGAGCGUCAGAAGCGACUUGAACUAGAGCGAGCUCGCAUGAUGAAGAUGCGCCGUGACCGGGAAGCUCAGGAGCAACGUCGUCGCGAUGCUCUUCCAGGCCGUCUUCGCAUCUCUGCCAACCUUGUAGGCUCCAAUGAUUCUUACGGAAAGAGCCGAGAGUGGCUUCAGAAGUUCACCCCUCUCGUUACUGUGUUCACCCGGCAGCUUGAACCUACAUGUGCUGUGGAUUUGGCGGAUGAGAAAUGGAUUCCGAACUAUUUGGUUGCGCCUUUGUUGGGUACAAACGAUCUUCAAUUGUCGCAGUAUGCCAGCUGGGAGAAACGCAAAGCCACUCCGACCCAGCGUAACAACCUCUGGCGAUGCACACGUCGUCACUUGGUUCCCACAGAUGAUCCUAAGUAUCGCGAUGCAUCGUUUGGAGAGAUCAUGCAGCUGGAUUCUGAGACGGAGCCCAAGUACUUCGGUAUGGAACAUGUGUUCUGGAUUAGGCUUUCCGAUUUCAUGGACCUUGUACCACAUAUCCCUCAUCUUCACGGCCUCAGGCUCGACGACUUCUUAGCUAUGCAUAUCGACCCAGAGCCAUCCGCUGCUCCUGCGAUUGCUCCUCAGUUCAAUGGUCACACACCGGCAGCCUUGGCUGAAAUGAAUGGCACCGGAAUCUCCAAUGGUCAUAUGUAUCCUUCUUCUCGACCUGGUACAUACUUCUAG